CACGUUUUUGGGCGCUCAUCACAGUAAGUUCGAAAAAUAGAAGACGAUGCCUCUGUACUUGAGCAGGAUUAUCGUGCUGAUGGGUCAAUCAUUUUUCGUGUAUCUGUACUCUAUAGCUCAAAAGCGCAAGGUGCGUCGCCAGAUUUCAAAGCUGUUGACGAAGCUGAUCCAAAUUCUACAGAGCACACAAUCCGUACAAGUCAUCGUCGGUGUCUUGGAUAUUAUGGCUGGCAUUUGCGCGGAGCCCUCGUUCGAGCUGCGAACCUGGGAAAUUGGUCUAGUUCUCGAGGGCGUCACAUCACUCAUGUCCCCUGCGACACCGCUCCUAUUAGGCGGCGUCAAGUCGCGCUCAAGCUCCAUAGCCAGACCCUUAACGAACCAAGACACAUCAAAGAUCUUCACAGCCUUGUACCAUGUCCUGAUCAAUGUCGCGCGGUAUAAGCAGGAGGAGCUCACGACCUUGAUUCCAGUCUUCACGGCAAUCUUACAGGGCAUUUUCCACGGAUUCAAGUCACUUCAUGCCUCGAUCGCCAAGCGUCAGCAAGGAGUGGAGUUGUUGAUAAAGAGCCCAUUCAUGCUACUUUCAGCCGGUGCACUUCACCCUGCUGCUCCAAUCCCUGGUUCCUCAACUGUGAGCGGUGCUCCUAUCGGAGAUCCACUUCCAGUUGAGUGCGCCGAGAAUUUCGCGCGUUUACUAACAGCCCUGGGAUCAAGGGGUGUUAGCACAACCUUCGGAUCGCAUGGUGGGGGAGGAGCGGGAGCAGGAAGCAAUGCAACUUUGAAUGGCCAUAUAUCCGCGACUCCAACAUUAUCACCAGGAUCAUCUACGAUUACGACGGACACAUCCAAGGCAUUCGGAAAACAUGCGCCAUACAUUCUGAUGGAGUACUUCACAAUUCAGGGCUCGGUUGUCGCGUCGAUCAGUCAGCAGAGUCUUCGGAACGCUCUCCUGCCGGGAUUGUAUGCGUUGCUGAACCUUUGCAGCGAUUGGGAGAGAGAGAUGAUGAUGAUCGGUCUGGACAACACGGGAAAGAUGUUGCUCAAGGGUCUCUACACGGACUACUUGAGGCACCACAAGUACACUGGACGGUAGACUAGAUUAUUUUUCUGUAUCUCUUAUAUGCAUUUAUUAGUUUACAUUGACAAUUGGCAUUUUCAUCGCAUAAACAAUUCCGAUAAAACAACGAGCAAAAGUCUAGAAACUGGUACCCUGAGCCUGAACGAUGCCAUUUGUUCACCCGUGAACGUGGUCAGCGCACAGCGGUUAACAAGACAUUCAGAGCUGUUACCAAGACGUCAGG